AUGCCGAGAACAGCCUCCAACCACAUGGAUAACUCCUGUCGGGCCUUGUGCCGAACUCUGCUGAGCCAAAAUGGCCUCCAGCCUGAAGGCACAGACAUCUCUCAGUCGGUCCUCUACACAUCCCUCAUGGGUCUGCUGCUGGUGGCCGACAGGGAGAAAGAGCUACCAUUGGGCAGUGGGCAAGUUGGACUGCGUAACGUGGGGAACACAUGUUUCCUGAACGCCAUUGUGCAGUGUCUCUCACACACUCGGGGUCUUAGAGAUUACUGCCUGACUAAAUCCUACCUCCAGGACAUGUGCUCCAGCCAAGAGCCAGAGCUGAUGAAUGAAUUCACUAAAGUGUUAGAAGGUCUGUGGGAUGUAAAUGGAGGAGACACCACAGUGAAUCCUGGGAGGUUCUAUCGUGUCUUUAAAGAGGCAGUGCCUUACUUCAGUGGUUACAGUCAGCAGGAUGCUCAGGAAUUCUUGCGUUUCCUUUUGGACCAGCUGCAUACAGAAAUUAACCGGCGGCCUGCUCAGCGUCACUCCAUCUCUCCCACUCCUGAGCCCACCUACACCCGGUUCAGGAUUUCAGAGGAGGCCUCCGCAAUGUGGAAGAGACAUCUUGACAGGGAUGACAGCAUAAUUGUAGAUCUGUUCUCAGGGCAGCUGCGCAGCUCCCUGCACUGUUCCGUCUGCUCCCACUACUCCAACACCUUCGAUGUCUUCUGUGAUCUGUCGCUGCCGAUCCCGAAGAGGAGUGACUCCAGGGUAACUGUCACACUGAGAGAGUGUUUAGAUCUGUUCUCGCAAGAAGAGAAACUGGAACAGGAGAAUUCGCCUAUGUGUGAAAGGUGUAAUCGUCGCACAGAGAGCACGAAAAGGCUGACCAUCCAGAGGUUCCCUAAAAUCCUGGUCAUACACUUAAACCGGUUUACCAUGACAAGGUUCUCAUUCUGCAAAAGCACAGUACCAGUGUUGUUCCCUCUCAGUGAUCUGGAUUUAGGACCUUUCGGACCGGUUGAUUGUGGUCCAGUGCUGUAUGAUCUAUAUGCUCUGUGUAACCACGCGGGCACAGUGAACAUGGGACACUACACAGCUGCCUGUCGGGAGGAGGAGGGUUGGUGCUGCUAUAAUGAUUCCUGUGUCACCCAAAUAUCUGAAGACCAGCUUCAGUCCAGUCAGGCCUAUGUUCUCUUCUACCAACUAAAAAACAGCACAACCACCAGGAAAUGAGUCCAUCACAG